AGUAAGAAAUCGAUCUUCUACCGGGUCUGUGCGCACCCUUGGAUCGAUCUCCGACACCGCAACGAUGGCGGAUUACUCCAAGACCCAGCGCAUCGUGCUCCUCAUAGAUCUUCACCCGCUCCGGACUUUCCAGAACCCUAACUCUUAUCUCACUUCAAUCUCUGCGACCGCUAAACGCCUCACGGCAUUCGCUUCCCUCACUGAAUCGCUCUUCUCCUUCAGAUUCUUCUUCUCCUCUCUCUGCCCUUACCUCUCCACCUCUGUCGUCGACAACCUCAUUGGUAGCCCAUUUCUCACUUCUUUCAACCUCCCUUCCGAGACCUUAAAAUCCCUUACCACUAUUCUCACAUCUAUGUCCAUUCCAGCGGAACUUGUGGUAAAUCAUUCUCGCGCAUCCUAUGUCGCCAGCUCUUUGUACCAACUCGUAUUGGAUUGCACUUGGGAAUCUGAAACUGACGAUCUCACGGGUAAGGCUAAUGUCGCGCUUCCUAAGAUUUCUUCGAAUUUGGUGCUUUUGUUUUCCAAUUUGCCUAAAUCCAUGAGCUCCUUGUCUGAGCAUAUGGAUCUGGGAGGGGAUUCUGAAAAUUCGAAGGUUUUAGAUGGGUUUGCAGUCAAAUUUCGUGAAUUGUUUGGUAUAGUGAGCAAUGCGUUUGCUAAUAAGGAUAUUCAUUUGAGCUGGAUUGAUGUGAGAGACGGCCUCGUGGGGUGUGCGAAUAAUUUGAAAGUUAACGACUUUGAAGGAUCAAUGCUUUUGGAGGAUGAAAUUAAGAGAUACGGGUGGGGGUUUUGCUCAACCGACUCAAUUGUUUUGGAUUCUGCUCUAGUUCCUUUUGGUUUGAUAUACCCGAAAAUAGGAAUUUCUUUACAAUUCCUGAAGUGUGCUGAUUCUAGUAAGGGCCGUUUUGGACAGCUAUAUCUUCAGAUCCUUGAUGUGAAGGGAAACCCCUUACAGUGCAGGUGCUGUGAUCUUGAAUUUAUGAAUCUGAGUGAACCACAAAGUGACGAAUGCAGUGGAGAAUCAAUUUGGUGUUCUUUUGGUGAAGCUGGGGUGAUAAAGAUGGAGAUUCAUGAAAUCCAGCGGUACGAUGAGGGUAAAAGAGUUGAAGACUUCACAUCUAGUUCCAUUCUAGUGCGCGAGUUUUUUGGUGUCUCUAGGAAUUGCAAAAGCCAAAUUGCUGAUGAUUUCCUCGCUUAUAGGGUUCUUGAUAUGUUGUCCGGGGAGAUGGGUGAGAACACCAAACGAAACUCUGUGCCCAUCUGGAACAUUCUGAUGAGUUUUCUAUACGAAGAAGGCUACCAGGCCAUGGUUUCUCUUUCAAGUAACAAUGGACAGAUUUCAGGUGUUCUCAAACCUUUGACAACUCACUUAGCACUGCUCUCAGUCAUUGAUAGUAAUGAAGAACAUGGUUGGAAUCAGUCGCAGUCUACAUGUGCAAGAGACAGGAUUUGUAACGCAUCUGUUGUUGAUACGGAAUAUGUAAAUGGUUCCCUGCCUGAGGCUUCAACUUCUAAUAAUUUUGAAUCUCUAAGGCUUGAGAGAAGAAGAAAGCAUAAGAAAUCUUCAGAUCAGAAUCUCUGCUGGAAUUCAUUUUGUGAUGCGGCGUAUGAGUGCUCUGAUUUCAAUAUGGUAGAAGUUUGUUCUGCCAGAAAACCUGAAAAGUCAAAGAUGCUGAAGUUUUUUAAAUGCUGGAUGAAGCAGAUAAAAAAGCACAGCAGCAGCAGCAAUUUUCUGCAAACAACACUUCAUCCACCGUGUUCGCAGCAGCAGCACUUGCCGCCACCUUUAUUUUCUCAAGAAAACUUAAUGCAGGAAGGAGAUGCAUCUUUUUCCUUCCCUGAAACAGCAGAAGUCUUCUACUGUAAUCUCCCACAAUGGAUUGAGCAUCGUCUAAGAUCUGGAGCAGACUUGCAGAGUUUUGCAGAACGUCUUGUAAAGUUAUCGAUACACGUGUUAUCUCAAAAAUAUGAAACAGACAAUAGUGCAGCUGAUCAUAAUGCAAAGCAAAGUGCAGACAUAUCUCAUACGAACAUCACUACAGAACUUAUGGAACUUUUAUUACAGAAGCCAAGAGAUAUGAAAGAUAAACUGGAGUUUGACAAUCCUACAUCAGAAGUAUCUGAUUUCAGUUCAACCUCAAAAUUUAUUGCAAGAGAAUAUGAAUUGCAGGUUUUUCUACGAAUGGAAAUUCUUCGUUCUGAUGUUUCUGAGAGUAUUAGAAGAUCUGCAAAACAGAAGCUUGUGAAACAGAUUUGCUCCCUUCUAGAGAUAAUUCAGUACCUUGUUGAAGGAGGCAUUCAUGGUCAUGUUUGCCUUUAUGAAUAUGUUGAGCGGACCAUCAGGAUAAGGUAUAGCCAAUAUCUUAAAGAUAUUGUGACUAAAAUCUAUGCUGAAAUGGACCUGCUGCCAUUUGGUGAAGAAGACGAAAUUCAGGCGCACCUCUUCAACAGUGAGGAUAGUGAUCAAUCAUGGAAAGAUAAACUAGAUGGAUCUAAAAUCGCCAAAUCCUACAACAUCCUACAAAAUCACUCAAGCCAGCCUGCAGAUGGUGAUGAGAGUCUGGAGGCGUUUAGGGAGGACGAACAUGCACGCAGGUUAAAUGAAGCUCGUGAAAAGAGAGAUUUAGCUAGGAGAUCCGUGUGUCCAAGGACGCUAGUCCAGCAAAGAGUUUGGGCACCCAGGCAGCAGCCUAAGGUGCCAAAAGGGAAAUUUGAACAGCAGAAAGACACUCAAAGGAAAGACACGCGAAAAGCUCGUCGUUACAGUGUGGUGUGUGAAACCCCAAUGUCCCAAAGAAAACAUAUAUACUCUCCUAGUGGCGAAAAGGGGCAUAUAGACUCCCGGAACUCUUCAAGCUUUGCUUCGAAGGCUCUGUUUCAGGAUCCAUGAUCUUCUUUAGAUUGGGUUUCAUGUGUGGUGUCAUCGGAACAGCUCUCUCAUUCAAGGGGAAAUGCAUGAAAGCAAAAGAAACAAGGUCUAUGGUG